GAUGCGCAUGUCUGCCAGGUGUUCUGCUAAAAUUCGAUAACAUCUGGAACAACUUGUAGUUUACCGGUAAAUUGACAAAUUACAAGCAUUUAAUUCACCAAUUAUAAUCCAGGAGCCAUGCAGUUCGACCUUCGCAGGUUAGAUAUUUAUCGGAAGGUCCCGAAAGAUUUAACGCAGCCAACUUUCGUGGGAGCAUGUAUAUCAGUAUCCAGUGUGUUGUUUAUAACAUUCUUAUUUCUCUCAGAGUUGCUGCUCUUUAUUUCCAUUGACGUAACAAGUGAAUUAUCUGUAGAAGAUCCAGUCCGCCAUUCUGAGAAGAUUCCAGUAUUUAUUAAUAUUACACUACCUAAACUAGGUUGUGAUUUUAUAGGACUGGAUAUUCAAGAUGAUAUGGGAAGACAUGAAGUUGGUUUCCGUGACAACACCGUUAAGGUACCUGUUGGUGAAGGAGGAUGUCGAUUUGAGUCUCAUUUCUUAAUUAACAAGGUUCCUGGUAAUUUUCACGUAUCAACGCAUUCCGCCGAACAACAGCCUAGCGAACCUGAUAUGACACAUAUUGUGCACAGGUUGAGAUUCGGUAUGGACCUACAGGAAGGAAAGAGAAAGGUUUUAAAGGCACAGGAUGUGAAAGGAUCAUUUAACUCCUUAGCUAAUGUUGAUAAAACAAAAGCAAAACCUAUAUCUACUCAUGAUUACAUAGUAAAAGUUGUACCAACAGUUUACGAAGAUAUCAGUGGAAAUAUUAGAUAUCCUUAUCAAUAUACCUAUUCGUAUAGGGAUAUAGUACAGUUCCAUCAUGGUGGUCAGUCGAUACCAGCUAUAUGGUUCAGAUACGAUCUUAGUCCAAUCACAGUUCGUUACAAGGAAAAACGGAAACCAUUCUAUACAUUCUUAACCACGAUUUGUGCUAUUGUAGGAGGAACUUUCACAGUUGCAGGAAUUCUAGAUUCUCUGAUUUUCUCUGCUGCAGAAAUAUUCAAAAAAGCCGAACUAGGAAAACUAAGUUGAUCAGGAUAUUUUUAUAGAAAAUCUUUUCAAAUUAUUUUUUUGUACAUGUAUUAAGAUAUACAUUCCAUUUUGCUAUCGUGAGCCGUGAAAGUCAUAAACCCUCUUUUUUUUAUUGGUGGUGGAUUUUAGAUAAAACUCUAGCUAUCGCAACAAGAAUGUAAUUAAUGCUGAAAUUAAAGAUGCAUUAUUUGAGAAUUAGAUAAAAAGCUGGCCAUUCUCGCUAUGAUAGGUCACAAAUAGAUAAUGAAAAAUGAAUAUAUUGAAAAUUUCCUUCAAAUUACAUUAAUUUCUUGUAUUGUGGUGGCCGCAAUUUAGUCUGUAAUUUAUUAUCAUUAAUUUCUUGGUCACAUACGUUACUUAAGUCGCCACAUUUGAUUUUGUUAACUGAGAUUUGCAUUGCAAUUAAUGCGAUCGGCUACAUCGAUUUCUUGCACACAUUAAAUAAAUUCUAUUUUUAGAUCCACUUGCUUUGAAUUCCCUGAAUUGGAAACUUGUCAUUCAGUUCCUUGAAUUGGAAACUCAUUGAGUUCCCUGAAUUGGAAUCUGUCAUUGAGUUACUUGAAUUGGAAAAUCAUUUAGUACUCUUUAAAUGAAAACUCAUUUGGUUCCCUUGAAUUGGAAACUGUCAUUCAGUUCCCGGAAUUGGAAACUCAUUGAGUUCCGUUGAAUUGGAAACAUGUCAUUGAGUUCCGUUGAAUUGGAAACUUGUUAUUGAGUUCCCUUGAAUUGGAAACUUGACAUUUAGUUCACUGAAUUGGAAAAUCAUUGAAUUCAUUUACCAUUAUUCAUUGUAGUUUUGUACGAUAUAUCAAAAAUUUUAUGAAAUUAAAUACUCUGCUGGUCUGGGCAAUAUGUGAUGUAGUGCCUUCCCCUAAACUAUUGGGUUCACCUUGACUAUAUUUAGUAACCCUGUCGUUUUAUUAUAUAAUCGCCAUCCCUUGUCUUCGCAUCAGCUCAGUUUGUAAGCCUUAAUAUUCCGUGUAAAUUCAUUUGAAUCUUCUUGCUCAGAUUGUUUAUACGGUUUGAGAGGAAACAGACAUGAUUUGUUAAAAUGUAAAUGAAUUGACAGUAAACUUUGCAUAAGUCAGAUUUGUAUAAGUCGGAUCUUCGCUGAACUCGGAUAAAAUCGUUUGGACCCUUUGAUCUUGCACGUUUUUCUUAUUAAAUUUCAACACGUAAGUCAGAUUUCCUAAGUCAGAUCUUUGCUCAACUCGGAUCAUAAUGUUUGGUCCAUUUGAUCUAAUUCCGGCUUUUUUCCUUCGCCUGUCAGAUCGGCAGUAUGUUCAGAGUUUGACUAAAUCAUUUUCGUCCCAAUGGUCUAAAACGUGGUUAGGUAUUCCAUGCACAGAGCCCCAAAAUACUUUCCACUGUCAUUUUAGCUCAAAUCAGCAUAUUUGACGCGACGCAAUAAAUUUGAAACUCGCUCUCUGAUGUAUGAGACACUUUCCGGGAAAAUUUAGGACAAUUUUCAAAGAUGACGACAAAACAGAAGUUUUCUACUCGCACCAACACGGAAGUUAUCUAUUCACAUGUAUGAACAAAAGCUUGAAAUGUGCCAUUGAAUCAGUUAUUAUCCGGCUCUUGCAGUUUAUUUCUAAUCGAGCUAGGAUUGAAUUUCGGUCUUUAGCUAACUCACAUCUUUGCAUAACUUAGAUAAAAUUGGUCAGUCCACUUAGAUCCGAUUUAUGCUAAGUUUACUGUAUUUACUUAUUGACUGAUAAUUACUAGGGAUUAUAUCUAUGAUUAUUUUGUAUUUGCUGCUGGUGUAUGCUAUGAAUAUAUUGGAUUUGUUGCUGAUGUCUGCUGUGAAUAUAUUGUUUUUACAGCUAAUGCCUGAUGAAUAUAUUGUUUGCUGCUGAUGUGUGCUAUGAAUAUACUGUAUUUACGACUGAGUAUUUUGUAUUUGUUGGUGAUGUUUAUUGUAAAUAUAUUGUAUUUGCUGCUGAUCUCUGCUGUGAAUAUAUUGUAUUUACGGCUGAUGCCUGAUGAAUAUAUUGUAUUUGCUGAUGUGGUCUACUGUAAAUAUAUUGUAUUUGCUGCUUAUCUCUGCUGUGAAUAUACUGUGUUUGCUGAUGACGUCUACUGUAAUAUAUUGUAUUUGCUGCUGAUCUCUGCUGUGAAUAUAUUGUAUUUGGUGAUGUGGUCUACUGUAAAUAUAUUGUAUUUGCUGCUUAUCUCUGCUGUGAAUAUAUUGUAUUUGCUGAUGUCUACUGUGAAUAUAUUGUAUUUUUUGCUGAUGUCUGAUGCAAAUAUAUUGUAUUUGUUGCUGAUGUUUGAUGCAAAUAUAUUGUAUUUGUUGCUGAUGUUUGAUGCGAAUAUAUUUCAUUUGCUGCUGAUGUCUGAUAUGAAUAUAUUGUAUUUGUUGCUACUGUGUGAUGAAUAUAUUGUAUUUGUUGCUGAUGAUAAUGUUGUAUAUAAUUAUAGGAGGCUGAAACUCUUGGUGUGGGAUAUUUUUAUAUAUUGUUGUUAUUUUAUUUAUUAUUAAUAUUAUAAAUAUUUACUCUCUAGGUUUGUCCAAGCAAAUUUUCCUCAUAGCACACUGUAUGGUGUAUGCCCAUCUUCAUUAGCCCAGUCGGAGCAGAACAGUAGGAUGCUAAAUCUCAAUUCAUUACUCUCUAGGAAUAUACAACGUUUGAUUGAAUUGAUGUAUUUUCAAAUCCAUUAUGUGACAAUAUUAUCUAUUGUAUUGACCUCUAUGGGACAAAAUGAUCCAGUCUUGACAUAAGGCACCUGUCACAAACUUUAUAAGGUAAAAAUUAGAAUACAACGCUAAUAUUAUAAUAUAUACUUUGCGUGAUGAUAAUUGUCGAACCAAGUUUGUGACGGGUGCCUUAUGUUCAGACUUGAAAAUGUUGUAGGUGUUUCUCAACAUUAGUGAUCAAUAUUUAUCAAAGUCUAGUCAUGUGGGGCCUUAUUCAGCUUAACCAUUUUAAAAAUGUAAUCUUUUGGUUGACAAGGGGGGGGGGGGGAUGGCCAAAUGGUUAGCACGUGUGCUGUAUCAUAAUGUCUGUCAUUGGGUCCACUGGCAUGGUUUCAAUUCCCCAGUUGUACGUGACAAGGAGUAGGGUCGCCUGUCCAACCUCGUGGGUUUUUUGCGGGUCCUCCUGUUUCCUCGCACUGCUAAAGACCCCUACGCGCAAGCAAAUUAUUGAAAUAAAAUUGAACCAUAUGUUAGUCCCAAAAUGACCAAGUUUGUGUUGAGUGGACAUUAAACCUCAUUUCUCUCUCUCUCUCUCCUAGAACCUUGGAUUUAAGUUCUCAACCAAUGAAAAGGCUGCAUCCUUAAUCUAUUUGUUGAAAAGGCACCAGGUCUUCUUACAAGCAGAAAAGAUCAAGCUCUAGUCUUAGGAAAAGAAAAGAACCUCGUUAAUGAUUUUUUGGGAUGUGUGUAGUUACCUGUUUUCUAUUAUUCAAACUUGCCACCAUUCCUUCUUCUUGUUCAUGAUCAAAUUCAAAGAUAAAAACUGUUUUAUUUAUGAAUAAUUUAAUAUCUCAGUGCCUAUACCUGUUACAGAAUAUUAUUGGUUAUUAAAGGUGCAUUAUGUAAGAGCUUAAUCUGUCUAUUGGAGGGAUUGGGUGAUCGAAUUGUUAGCGUGUGUGCGUUGUAUCAUAAGCUCUGUCAUUGAGUCAACUGGCGUGGUUUCGAUUCCCCGGUUGAACAUGACAAGGAGUAGGGUUAUUAUUGAAAUAAAAUUGAACUGUAUGUUAGACCCAAAAUGGCCUAGUUUGUGUCAAGUGGACCUUAAAUCCCAUCUCUCUCUAUUGCAGGUCUUUAUUUUAGCUUCAAUUGUUAUAUGUUCUAUAAUAAGCCUAUAAUCAGCUCUAUAGACCGUGGUGAAUGAGGCUUGAGUAUUUCAGUGCCUAAUUAAAGGGAGAUUAGGUAAGAUUUAAAUAAAGAGCUGACAGUUAAUAUAAUAGUUAAAAAAUAGAAAAUGAAAACAGAAUAUGCUGUCAAUUUCAGUCAAAUUGUUUCACUCUGAACCAUGAUAUUAGCAAUUAAAUUUUAGGCUAGCCUCGACCACCGUUAGUACGAUAAUAAACAAAGUCUCAGUUAUCUAUUUUUAUGGUAAAUUAUCAAUCACAAUAACAUAUUCAAAUCCACUAUAUAUCGCAGGGUAACGAAGGCAACGAGAGUUAAUUAUGAUUUUGAUAAGCUAAUGAAUGUUUAAUAAUUUAUAUAACAUUCUAGGCCUAUCGAAAGACCUGCAAUAGGCUGAUUUAGCUCUUGCAUAAUGCAUGUUUAAUUCUUGUUUAAAAACGUUAUUGUUAUUAAAUAUAUAACACCUGUUAUUGUUUAUUCGUAUCCACUGUCUGGUUAACCAGGUUAACUUUAACUAUAGUCUAGGUCGACAUGGGUACCCAAAUCCACCAUUUUUCAACUCAUUUGACAAUAAUUUAUAUCUAUAUUUGAUAAUAUACCGUUCUUUGGGAAAAAAUCGCAUAAAAUGCUACAAUUUUUAAUUAAAAUUGACUUUUUGGCAUAAAGAUCGCUUUAUUAUCAAAUAUAGAUAUAUAUUUUAAUGAUUUGAGUUGAAAUAAUGGUAGAUUUGCUUAAAUUGUGCUAACAUGUCGACUAGUAGUCUUUUGGCAACAUGCUAAUGUUCCUCACAGCAGAUGUUACAUAACUUAUUAUUGUUCUAGAGUUAAUGUUUUAAUCAAAUUUUGUUAUUUUUGAAAAACUGAGCUAAAAUUAUUGUGAAUGAAUAUUAUUGAUGAGUUACGUCCGUUGUUAUUUUUUAAAAGCUGAUUUAUGAUUAUAGCAUAUGAAUUUUAAUAAUGAAUUAUGAGCCGUAAUAUUCGAAGUCUAUAUGUUAAAAUAUAUACUUUGUGUGGUAAUUUGUGUCUACCAAUGUCUGUGACAGGUGACCACCCUGGCUUCUUGAAGGAAGUUAGGGCAGAGUGAUGCACAUUUACAUUGAGUUUGGUAGCUCAUUUUCCAAACCACCAAAAUAUACUGCUCCCUAAACAGACUUAAAAAACCUAAGUCACGAAUAUAGAAGUAUUAGGUCUUAAAUAAUACACAGUUAUUUAUGUGGCUCAGUCUUUUUGAGGGGCUAGAGAGGAGGCUCUAGUUUCGGCAAGUCUAGAUGCCAAAUAAAAAGGGUUAACAUAUACGCUUAUAUUUGACUUACAAGAAUGUUGAAAAGAACACAAAUAUAUUUAAAUAUUAUUAAAACUUAAGACAUGAAUUUGUUGUUACUGAUGUUCAUGUUAUGGCUGAAUAUAACAUUAUGUAAAGUUAUUUAUUGUGGGAAAGCCAAUAAUGAAAUGUUAAUUCUUGAUGGAUGAUCGAUUGGGAGGUACAGAAUGGCAAACAAGAGACAUACAAUUUAGUUCUGUCUUUGAAGUAAUAAUGCACAGCGAACUAGCCACACUGGACAAUCUUCUCUAGAUGAUGUUGGUCUUUUUUCUACGUCAUGACACCAUUCUGACUUUUUUUCAGCGUAACCUUUAGAAGUUGUUACAUGUAAGCUUUGAGGUUGUUAGUCUCUAUCAUCCAGAAAAAUAUUCUACGAAUAUUAGUCUGCACAGGUUGUCAACAUUUGAGAAAAAUUGACUAGAUAAUCCGGUCUUUCACAUUAUUGUAAACAAUGUCUAAGGGAGGUAACUCCUCUUAGAACAAGAUGUUAACGCCCAUGUUAAUUUAAGAAUGUCAUUUAAAAAAAUCCAUUUGAUUGCAUGCGAGUUCAAUAUCUAACACUCUUAAUUUUUUAUUGUAAAAUUUCUCUCUUCAUGGGCCAUAUCUAUGCUUUUAAAAUUAAUCCUAAUUCGUCGUCACGAUUCAUGUUUGUUUGCAAGAAUUAUGGGAUUUAUUGUGGAAAGGGGCGCAACUCUUACGUGACUUGGCUUAAGAGACUGGAUAAUCAACCACAUUAAAAAACCAAACUCCCGGUUACGCAUGGGCAAUGGACUGUACGUCAAAUAUUGACAACCUUCCCAGACCCUCCGUAUGUUGAAGACUAGGAGGUUCUGGGUGACCGAGACUACGAGGUUGUAUUUGUAUAAAAAUAUUCAUUUAGAAAUAAAUUUUUGUACAUCAA